UCCUCGCUUCUCUAAAUUGCACUUCUCGCCUUCAAUAAAUCCCUUUCUCUCUUUCCUCGAUCGGAGCUCAUUGCUGUGGGAUCUCAUUGUCGUCAAAGCUCAUCAGUGACGGCAAAACGCUAGAUGUUGUUGUGCACGCUUCUUUUCUCCAAAUCAACCUAGAGUUCGCUAUCAAGACAGGGGCCUAGGGUUCGGCGUGCCUCACUACCAGCCUCAACCAAUUUCAAUUCAUUUGAGACAUUUAGCUAAUCCUAACUCUAAAACCAGAGACUAUGUCUUGAAGCAGAAAACAAAAAUUGUCGAAGAAAAGGGAAAGAUCGAAGGAGCAAACCGAAGAGAAAUCACUAGAUGAACCCAAGGUCGUGGGAUAGCAAGAUUGAAAAGUGAUAUUGUCAGGAUGUUUUCAGGUAAGCUGCUAGCUGAAAAGGUAUCAUGAAAUUUAUUUUGACAGUUUGACAGUUUCUAUAAAUCUCUUUUCUUGUUUUUACCAAAAUGAAGUGUUGGAUCAUUCAAUUAUAAUUUAUUUUGUGAUUGUUAUUCAAAGCAGACAGGGCUUAUGAGGAAAACACUUAUAUUCUUCCAACUCAAUGUGAGGAGUCACUUUGUGGUAGGAGCUGUCACAUUUUUUAUGGCUUUGGUGCAAUAAAUUACUAACUCUUUAGUUUUUUGUUUCUUGUAAAGUAUUUUAGUUUCAAACUCGAGGGGGGCAUGGUGGUGGUGAAUCCAGACAUCAUGAUGGGUCCUGUUAUCUCCCCAACUCUUAAUGCUAACAUUAGUACUAUUAACACUCCAAGGUAGUAUUCUUGGCAGACUAAUGCUGCAGUUUCUAUUCAAUCAAUUUUGUUGCUCUUCUCAACAUGCUACCUGAUUGUAACGUGAUCCAAUUUGGUUUAUCUAAUAUUUAAAGGGCUUUUUGGCCUGUACCUCAUGUAUUUGAAGUUUUUGGUCAAUUAAGUGUAUGUUAUGUUGCCUAGUAGGAGAAUUAGUAGAAACUGAUUAGAUCAUUGUUAUGUUACUCUAUUUUGGGUGUCGAGGUUUUGUUUAAUCAUGUAAGCUGGAGGAUUUCCUGAUCUUAGACUCUAGAAUGAAUUUUUUCAAAUUGUUUCAGGCUGUGCUGAUCCAUAUGAGAAAUUUUUCUUGGGAUCUAUUCAUUUCAAGCAUAUUGCGUUGCCACAUCUUCUGGUGUACGAGAAUAAAUCAGCUAGCGGAAGGCACUUGAGUGUUGAAGCUAUUACUCAUUAUGGUGAUGGACUAGAAUUCUUAGUGACCAUAGAAGAUGCUAUUAUGCUUGGACUAGAAUUUUUAGUUAAAGUUUCUUGUAAUAGGUAAUUAGAUAAACCUUUCAAAAUUGUAUUUUUCAGCUAAAUAAACCCCUCAUAUAUGUGUUUUGUAUUAUCUUUUUAGUUAAUAUAAGUUUAAUAAGCAU